AUGGAUGACUUCUUUGCCCAGAUUGAGGAGAUUCGGGUGAACAUUGACAAGAUCUCAGAAAGUGUAAAUGAGACCAAGAAACUGCACAGCGUCAUCCUAUCGGCGCCUCUUCCUGAGCAGAAAACAAAGGAUGAGCUGGAAAACUUAACCCUGGAGAUCAAGAAAGCGGCAAAUAAUGUCCGGUCCCGUUUAAAGGCCAUGGAGCAGACUAUAGAACAAGAGGAAGGGCAGUCUUCAGCCGACCUUCGAAUACGAAAGUCCCAGCACUCCGUCCUGUCGCGGAAGUUUGUGGACGUUAUGACCAAGUACAAUGAAGCUCAGGUGGACUUCAGAGAGCGAAGUAAAGGAAGGAUCCAGAGGCAGCUGGAGAUCACUGGCAAAAACACAACAGACGAUGAAUUGGAGGAAAUGCUGGAGAGCGGAAACCCCAACAUCUUCACCUCUGGGAUAAUUAAUGACUCGCAGAUUUCACGCCAAGCUCUGAGUGAAAUUGAAUCUCGUCAUCGGGACAUCGUACGGCUAGAAAGCAGUCUGAAGGAGCUCCAUGACAUGUUCAUGGAUAUCGCCAUGCUGGUUGAGAACCAGGGGGAGGUGACUGAUAACAUAGAGAUCAAUGUCAUGAAGUCAGUGGAACAUGUAGAGAAAGCUCGAGAAGAGACAACCAAAGCUGUGAAAUACCAGAGCAAAGCGCGCAAGGUGAGGGUGGGAAGACCAAUAGACAAUAAUGCAACUGACCGACUUUAG